AUGGCCGAGGCUGGCGUUGCUGGCAUAGUAUUUGCAGACCGCAAUGAGCAAGGAGCUCGAGCAGCAGCCGAGGAGAGCAAGUGCUAUGCCCAAACCCCCAAUUAUCGCGCUAUUGCCGUCGCAGUAGAUGUGACGGAUCCAUCAAGCGUUCAAGAGAUGGUUGACCAAACAAUGAAGGAGUUUGGCAGGAUAGAUUAUAAUGUCAACAGCGCCGGCGUUGCGAUGGACGUGCGAGACCGUAUCUACGAUGCUUCUAUAGACGAGUUUGACAAGAUUGCUGCGAUCAACACGAAGGGCACUAUGCUCUGCAUGCGCGCUGUGUCGAAAGCUAUGCUUACGCAGGAGAGCGUCAAGUACCAAAGUCGCAAUGGAGAGCGAGACCUAGGUCGCGGCUGCAUUGUCAACCUUGGAUCCGUCAAUUCGUACAUCGCGGGGCCUAAAAGCCUGCCAUACAUCAGUUCUAAAUUCGCAGUGCUGGGAAUGACAAAGGCAGCUGCUUUUGAUUGCAGAGCGGAAGGCAUCCGCGUCAAUGCUGUCUGCCCGUCGUUCGUCUCGACACCCAUGAUGCAGCACGCGUUGAACAAGAGUUCAAACCCAGAAGGAGUCAAGCAGAUCCUAGGACCUGUUGGUCGGAUGGCGAUGCCGGAGGAGGUUGCAGGCAUGAUCAUUUUCUUAUGUAGUCCUGCCUCAAGUUACAUCAACGGUACUGGAUUGCUGAUCGAUGCGGGUAUGUCGCUCACGAGUCAUUUGAGUUAA